UGGAAUCAGGCAGUUGAUGCGGGCAGCCCGGCGUGUCAUCCUACACUCACUUUCUUAGCGAACCACACCGGCUAUACAGCAACAGGAGACGCGCAGCUCCCAAAUGGGGCACUUAAAACACAGAUAAACCGAUUACUUAAGCCUUCGCCCGGUUUAUUUUGAGGGGCCUGAGAGUGUGUGGCCAUGGGUGAUACAGAGCUGGAGCUUUCUCCCACCCAUCUUGAGGAGCUACAGAAAAGCCCCUCUACCUCCACCACCUCCUCGCUGUCCCUCCCCUCAUCACCCUCCUCUGGCCCACAUCCCCUCACCAGCUCCAGCCCGAGCACCAGUGAAGGCUUGCCCACCUCCAGCCCCCCUCUGGAUGUCAUAUCCGAAGGAUUGGGUGAGCUCAGCCUUGUCAUCGACACUGAGGUGGCCAAGAAAGCCUGCCAGGAAGUUCUCCAAAAAGUGAAGUUCCUGAAGGGCGAUGGAGAAGUAUCUUCAGCCAGCUCAGAGCCCAUUUUGGCGAAUGGCACAGCUCAUCCCGAGGCCAACGAUGGAGGACAACCUCCCAAGAUCAGCGAGGAGGAAGUGGAGCCCAUAAAGAGCGUGCGUCGUCGUCAGAAGAACAACUCCUCCAAGCAAUCCUGGCUCCUGCGUCUCUUUGAGUCCAAGCUGUUUGACAUCUCCAUGGCCAUCUCCUAUCUGUACAAUUCCAAGGAGCCUGGUGUGCAAGCCUACAUCGGUAAUCGCCUCUUUAGUUUUCGUAAUGAAGACGUGGACUUUUACUUGCCCCAACUGCUCAACAUGUACAUCCACAUGGACGAGGACGUGGGUGACGCCAUCAAGCCCUAUGUGGUCUACCGCUGCCGGCAGAGCAUCAAUUUCUCCCUGCAGUGCGCCUGGCUGUUGGGGGCCUACUCUUCUGACAUGCACAUCUCUACGCAGCGUCACUCGCGUGGCACCAAACUGCGCAAACUCAUCCUGUCAGACGAGCUCAAGCCCUCCAGCCAGCGCAUCCGCAGGGAGGUGCCGCAGCCUCCCCCUCCCUACCCCCCGCCCCUCCAUCACGGUCCGGGCAUGAGCGAACACAGCCUCUCGCCCUCCAAACGCACCCACCAACGUUCCAAAUCCGAUGCCACCGUCAGCAUCAGCCUCAGCAGCAACCUGAAGAGAACCGCCAGCAACCCCAAAGUAGAGACCAGUCAGGAUGAGGAUCUGAGCUCCAGCUCCGACAGUCUCGAGCUAGAGGCUGGUACACCUGUGCGUCUGACCCCUCAGAGGGAGUUCAUUAAGUCUCUGAUGGGGAUUGGAAAGAGGUUGGCCACUCUGCCCACUAAAGAGCAGAAGACUCAGAGGCUCAUCUCAGAGCUGUCACUACUAAACCACAAGCUGCCUGCCCGGGUCUGGCUGCCCACUGCUGCCUUUGACCACCAUGUGGUGCGCGUGCCCCAUACGCAGGCCGUCGUGCUCAAUUCAAAAGAUAAGGCACCUUACUUAAUCUAUGUAGAAGUUCUGGAAUGUGAAAACUUUGAGACGUCGAGUGUGCCUGUGAGGAUCCCUGAAACACAGAUUCGCAGCACACGAUCUGUAGAGAAUCUCCCGGACUGUGGCAUCACACCCGACCAGCGAGCCAGCAGCUUCUCCACGGUUCCCAAUUACGACAACGAUGACGAGGCUUGGUCUGUUGAUGACAUUGGAGAGUUACAGGUGGAGCUUCCAGAAAUCCACACCAACAGUUGUGACAACAUCUCCCAGUUUUCAGUGGACAGCAUCACCAGCCAGGAGAGCAAGGAACCUAUUUUUAUUGCAGCUGGAGAUAUCAGACGACGCCUGUCUGAGCAACUCGCCCACACGCCGACCACAUUUAGGAAGGACCCAGAGGAUCCUUCAGCUGUAGCCUUAAAGGAGCCAUGGCAGGAGAAAGUGAGGCGGAUCAGGGAGGGCUCCCCCUAUGGCCACCUGCCCAACUGGCGUCUACUUUCUGUAAUUGUGAAAUGUGGCGAUGACCUAAGACAGGAGCUUCUCGCCUAUCAAGUGCUGAAACAACUGCAGAUUAUCUGGGAGCAGGAGCGGGUUCCCUUAUGGAUCAAACCCUACAAGAUCUUGGUCAUCUCUUCAGACAGUGGCAUGAUUGAACCAGUGGUCAAUGCUGUGUCCAUUCACCAGGUAAAGAAACAGAGUCAGCUUUUACUGCUCGAUUACUUCCGGCAAGAACACGGCAACUUCAACACAGAAGAAUUCCUUACAGCUCAGCGCAACUUUGUUCAGAGCUGCGCAGGAUAUUGUCUCAUCUGCUAUCUGCUGCAGGUCAAAGACCGGCACAACGGAAAUAUCUUGCUGGACUCUGAAGGCCACAUCAUUCACAUCGAUUUUGGCUUCAUCCUUUCCAGCUCUCCACGAAACCUAGGCUUCGAGACAUCAGCCUUUAAACUAACCAGUGAAUUUGUUGAUGUAAUGGGAGGUCUGGAUGGAGACAUGUUCAACUAUUACAAGAUGCUAAUGCUCCAAGGCCUCAUCGCUGCACGCAAGCACAUGGAGAAGGUCAUCCAGAUUGUAGAAAUCAUGCAGCAAGGUUCACAGCUCCCCUGCUUCCAUGGCUCCAGCACUAUCCGCAACCUGAAGGAGCGAUUCCACAUGAACCUGACGGAGGAGCAGCUGCAGGUGCUGGUGGAGCAGAUGGUGGACGGCUCCAUGCGCUCCAUCACUACCAAACUGUACGACGGCUUCCAGUAUCUGACCAACGGUAUCAUGUGAGAGAGGACUGGAGCGUUUAAAACUGGAAGAGAGAGAGAGAGAGAGAGAGAGAGAGAGAGAAAAAAAAGGCUGCACCACUUUAAAUACCACUCCCUUAAGCACCCGUUUCUACACCUGUCAGACUGAUUAGAUCUCUAAUGAUGGAUUAUUUUUGUUAGUUUUUUUAUCCUGACUGAAGAGAGCUGUGAAGUUACUGUUUGUCGUCUUUUUCAUCAGCCUUUCUUUUCGUUUAAACCCUUCUCUUUUUGGUUUUUGUCAUGUUGUCUUGCAGUACUCUGGAUGCCCAGAGAUGAGUUUUAUCCAGCUUUCCAGUGCCUCAUUUAAACACUAAGCUGCUUUGUGACUUCUGGUUUUACUCUCACCUGUGUACUGACCGACUUCAACACCCCAUAAUAUCAUCAUCAUCAUCAUCAUCUGCUUUCUUUUUUGUUGGCAUACCACUAAUGCUAUGUGUACACUUUGGAUGAAUAACAUUCAAAAAUUCAACAUUGAGACAGGAAACAGGGGAUGCUGAAUCAAAGCCUGUAAAUUGCAUUGUGUACCGAGGGAAUCGGGUGGUAAACGCUGCUGCGUUGUUCAGCUUUGUGAAGUCAGUAUUACGUGAACCAUUUGAGAUAUUCAGCCUAGUGCUGUACAAUUAUGAGACUGUCAAGUCAUGAAAUGCUCACUCAAAGUGCUCUCGUUCACCCCUGUGAUGAGCACUUUUAUGCUGUUAUGGGGUCAAAGAAGCGUUUUUUUAAUCCAGUAUGGAUGUGUUAAUCGUCAAAACACCAAAGACAGACCAUUGACGGCACCGAUCACAUGAGAGUUUUAAUCUUCGGCUGAUACAGAAGAUAAUUAGGACCUAAUAAAAAGAUCUCGGUCUGUUUUCUAGGUCAAAAUAAAUGUAUAAAGAAACUGUUUUGAGUUUCCAAAGGUCUGGACUGAAAUGCGUUGGACUGAGAGAUAUGCACACACUAUUUAUUGCCCCUUUUACACAGAUAUGUCAUAUACUUACACUCUCAACUUGUCUUCUGUGGAUUUCAUUUCACUUUGUUGUUUUGUUCAGCGCAGAUUGUACAGCUAACCUGAACUGUAAUGUGCAUCUUUACAGCUGACCUCAAUCUGAGGUGGGCAGCCAUGUUUAAUUGUGACUGUGAGCCACUGGAGUUUUUGUUUUUUUACUAACUAAACAGAGAGAAGUUGUUUAGAAUCUGCUGCACAGGAGAAACGGAAAGGGCUAUGACAAACAAAAUCUACACAUUAAGUCUUGUUUUUUUUUCCUACACAUGUACAGGUAUAAAAAAAUAACUUCUUCUUUUUUAUUAUUAUUAUUUUAUUAUUAUUAUUUUCGUUAAUUUGAUAGAAGUUGAGGUGUGUGAUGAGCCUCGUCUUAUUUCCCUGUGAUCUCAGUGCUUCUCUUAAUAGUUUUAAUUUAGCUUCUUUCAGCAGAAGCUAUGAUUUCCUUUCAUUUGUUUGCCCGUGCGAGGGCAAUUUAGAUGACUUGUAUGUUUCCAACAGCUUAACUUUUCUCUUUACUGUUUUAUACUUCUAUGGUUUCAGAGUCAAACUUUCCUUUUGAAACUUGUAAAAUGGACCAGCUCUUAAGAUCAUGUGAAUAACCUUCCUUGUGAAUGUUCCUUUGUAUAAUAAAUUAAAUGUUCCCGUUCCACAGCUUGUAUAUUUCAAGCUUUU